AUGAAUGAAUUUACAGUUGGUUCGAAAUUUAGGCCCUGUUCACGCGAAUCGCAUAUUUGUUGCACGGAUCCGUGUGGACCCAGAUUUAAACCACUUACUCUGGAGAGUAGUCUCCAAAAGAUGUGGUUUCCGACGGCGAGCGGAUUCACUGGUUUUGUGUGAGAGAUUUUCCACUUCCCACAGAUUAAACAUUCUUGUACUUCACUCAGUGAAAUCCCUACAAUUUUCAUAUACCUCAGACCAUUCGGGCGGAAUCUCUCCGUUCAGGUCAUUAUAGGGAGUAUCCCUCGGGGGAUUUGUCAUUCCAACUUUUGUAUCUUUUUUUUUCAAAUAAUGUCGUGUUACCAUUUAAAUAAAGCCUCUUUGGCAGAAAUUUUUGGAAAGUACUGCUAUCAUCUUGGUAUAGGACAAAAGAAAUUGGGAUUUUUUUCAUUUUGAAAUUCUUACGGUGGCCGAUAAUAAAAUUGAAAGUGUUAAAGAAACAUGAAUUGUAGUGUAGAGUCUGGACGAUAGCCUAUAAUUAUGGGACUAUUUAAAUUAAUCGCAUUGGCAAUACCUUUGCAUGCCUACUACUUAUUUUUCAGUAUUGUACAAGAUUUUAAUUAUAUCUAUUUUCUUAAAAGUUUGAUUUCAGAAGUGGUUGAGAGGUGGAGAAAACAGAGGACAAAAAGGCAUAUUGUCUCAAUUUCCCGGAGGCAGACAAGCUGGAGAUUGGCAAGAUAACAAUGACUUCAGCAAGUGGUCAGAGUAGGGUGGUUAGAGCAGGAACCUGUUGAGAGUUUCUUUCGCGUCUAAAGACAACUAUCAGUCUAAGAUGCAAACAAUCAAUUAAAACCUAUAAACUCUAAUAUUCAAAUUCAAAUUCGCGUUUGUCAUUCCUAUACAAUUUCAAUAAAAGAAGUGAGAAGAAUUAUUUGAAGUAUCAAUUAGAUUCAUCUUUUGUGAUCAUGUUCUCAAUUUUCAUGACUUAUGAAUAUCUGUUUAAUGAAGCUUUGAUAUUACAGGGAGAAUUUUGAUGCUGAUCAUUCUUAGGGCUUUAACGGUUAAAUCCUACUUGGUCAUGGCAGGAUGGUCAGUAAAGUUUGUUUUUUCGAUAUUAUUCACAGCAUAAAAUUUAUAUCUGUUGUGACAAAAUGGUUCUAAUGUAAGGCGAUCUUGGAGUUGACGGUUUUUAAAAAAGGGAAAUAACCAGAUCUUAAAAAGAAAGUCAACAAGGCAUAUUAUCUUCCCAUAAGUGGACAAUUAAGCAAUUAACAGCCACCCAAUACGGCUAGUACAGCACGUGGCCAGAGUGAAACCUUAUAUUGAUACUGGUUUUCACUUUUGAGUCUAAAAUUUAUUACGUGACGUGUCCAUUCAAAUGAAAUCUCUUCGGCAGUAUUUCGAAAGAUUCACCUUAUUUUUGAAGUUUUAUAGAAUGAAAUUUAUCUCUGUUCUGAGCAGUGUUGUUCUAAUGUAAGGCGAUCCUGUAGUCACGGGGUUGAAAAAAAGAAAUGCCGGAAGGCAAUGAGGUUAAGUAUCUAAGCUCAACUUGCCAGAGGCAGACAUGUUAGCUAUUGUUAACCCUAAAAUAGCUCCAGCAAGUGGUCAGAAUGGGCGCGUCUGUAUUAAAAACAUGGACCUUUAGGCUUUCUUCUUCUAAAUCUGAAAAAUGUCGUGUGAUGCGACCAAUCACAUAAAAUCUCUUCGGUAAUCUCUUCGCAUGGUGCGACUUGGUUUUCGAUAUUUUACAAAAUUUCUGUUUUUAAACAAUUUUUUGGAAGAUAAUACGUUAAAGGGUACACACAGAAAAAAAGGAUCGAAUCUCAAAUUCCCAGAGGGAAGCAGGUUGGUUAAUAGCGAUUGCCUCUGCUUGUAAGCCGGUUAUUAGUCUGUAAUGUCGCAUCAGCUAGUUUAUGUCACUAUUAAAGCUUGUAACAAUUUCACGGGAACGAUUAAAUAGGUAAAAAGUUUCACAGAUGACGGGGGAGGUAAGAUCCCUUCGGACAGCCCUUCAAUCCGACCAUGACGUUCAUCCACUUACGACCAUGUAGCCUUAGUGACUACCGUAACACGCAGACGUUCUUCGGACUUUUUCACGCGUUCCUUAAACAACGUUCGCAUAUCAAUUCCUACCCGGAAAUCGUUUAUUUAUCUUCAACCAUGGAACUUUCAAAUACCGAGAGGGUGAAGAGUUUAUCAGUGCUUUUUACCAGUAACAAUAAUUACAAUAAUAAUAAUAAUAAUAAUUAUUAUUAUUAUUAUUAUUAUUAUUAUUAUUAUUAUUAUUUUUAUUAAGGAUCAAGCUAGGCAAGUACUCCUUCUGCAGUUUUUGUAUUUCCAACAAAGCAAGGACAGCAAUGUUUUCAUUAUUGGUGACAAGUACUGA